AUGUAUCGACGCCCUGCGAAGCGCCGGGUGCCCAAUCCCGAUGUUCUUUUGGCGCCUUUCAAGCCGCUGACGCAAAAUCUGCCUCCAAAAACCGACCCCAAACCCUCAAUAUCAGAAUCGUCCGACUCGGAGUGUGCCAGUGACGAUGAUGAACAGGAAAAGCUGCGGGUCAAACGACGAAAGCUGAAGGAGCAACAGGAGGAGGAAGAGCGCCAGAAACAGGAAGCUGAAAAGAAACGACAGGCCGAACUCCGGGAGCAAAACCGACGCAUUUCAAAGGAAGAAGCGGCCCAGAUGCUCAAGGCCGUGGCAGAACCAAAACGUGCCAGACAAGCGGAUCUGGGUGUGCUGAGGUCUGCCGAGGAGAUUGAACAGGAGCUCCAGAUCCGGGAGCGCAAGGAACGCGUGGAGUCCGAGAGAAUCAGCGCCAGAAACCUCUCGUUCAAUGCUCUGUAUCGAAAGAAGCUGGGGCACAAAAAGAAGCAUAAGACAUGGGAUGGAGAUGGAAUCGUGGUCGUUAAGGGAGAAACACUGUCGCUCUACACCCCUGAAGGUAAGGGGAUCGUUCGGGGUUUCAAAUUGCAGCCCCAGGUAGUCGUUGAAGAGGGUCAGGUGCUGAAGGUGGGUCCUCUAGAGAUCGAACUUGAAAGUACCGUGGUGGAGGCCCAAAGAGGAGUGCUAGGCAUGGUGGAGGAUAUUGAGUCACGUACAGCAGUUGAGAAAGGUCGUUCUGCUUCCGCAUUACGUGAGUCUCCUGUUCCAACAAAUGAUACUCCAGAGCCAUUGUCAGUUGAAGCAACUUCAGCGGUUGUGACGGAAACAUACACGCUUCCUGCUCCCACGACUUUCAAGGCAGUGAAACGUCUACGUGUUAAACUACCACAGAAGAUCACAGAGGAAAACUUUGCGACAUUCAUUCAGGAUGUCAAAAUUGACCCUCUGUUGAACACUGCCCUUCGGCCUCAUCAGCGCGAAGCAGUCGACUUUUUGUACCGUUGUGUGAUGGGUUUCAACCCCACAUCAGGCUAUGGAGCUCUCUUGGCCGACGAAAUGGGUAUGGGUAAAACACUGAUGUCGAUUGCUUUAAUUUGGACGCUAUUGAAGCAGACUCCGCUCAAAGGGGAACCUCCUCUAGCUAAACGAGUGCUGAUUGUCUGUCCUGUGACUCUAGUGAACAACUGGAAGACUGAAAUCAAGAAAUGGUUGGGCCCUUCACGACUAGGUGUUAUGGCCAUUACUGACAGUAUGAGCAUUGAUCUGGGAACGGUGAUUCGAGAUUUCACCUAUGGACGGGUAAACCAGGUGAUGAUUAUCGGCUACGAACGUCUCCUGCGAAUUUCUGAUCAGUUGCAGUCUGCCAACUUUGAUCUGGUCAUCUGUGACGAAGGUCAUCGAAUGAAAACUGCCGGAAACAAAGCCGCUAAUGCCAUCCAGAGUCUGGGGGUCGCCCGAAAGAUCAUUCUCAGUGGUACUCCGAUCCAGAACGAUCUCAAGGAGUUCUUUGUCAUGGUUGAUUUCCUCAAUCCCGGUCUACUGGGCUCUUUCCAGCAGUUCAACAAAGACUACAUAAUUCCCAUUGUGCGGUCUCGUGCACCCGAUGCAUUCCCCAGUGAGCUCGAAAAGGGUCAAAAACAGUCUGCUCGAUUGUCGUCAAUCACUGGCCAGUUCAUUUUACGUCGAACUGCUGACAUUUUGUCUCGCUUCUUGCCCCCCAAGACUGAGACUGUUCUCUUCUGUCUCCCCAACGCCCAGCAAACGGAAAUAUACACCAAGCUGUCUUCCGAGUAUCUGAAUCGACUCGAACGCCACCAAGUUGACUCGUUCAAGUCGAUACUGUCACUCAGAAAAGUGUGUAACUCGCCCAUUCUUUUGUCUGAGGAUGGACCAGCCCUAGACUCGGGAAAGGCAUAUUUGCGUAACUCUGGUAAGAUGAACACGCUGUUUCGCAUGAUUGGUCAACUGCGAGCACGUAACAAGAUGGAUCCUGACAACGCAGAGAAGGUUGUCAUUGUAUCGUCCUUUACGCAAACUCUGGAUGUUAUUGAGGGGCUGGUAAAGGACCUUAAGCUGUCAUUCACUCGUCUGGAUGGAUCCGUACAAGCUUCUGCACGUGCCAAGAUUGUCAAACAAUUCAAUUCUUCUUCCGCAGAUAGCUGUUUUGUGUUUCUCUUGUCGGCGCGAGCUGGAGGAGUGGGUAUCAAUCUGAUUGGUGCGUCUCGAUUGUUCCUGUUUGACCCGGAUUGGAAUCCUGCUGUCGACUUACAAGCCAUGGCUCGUAUCCAUCGAGAUGGCCAGAAGAAGCCCGUGUAUAUCUACCGUCUCCUUACUACUGGAUGCAUUGACGAGAAGAUUUUCCAGCGACAAACUAUCAAGACCGGUCUGGCCAACUCCCUGAUUGAAGGCACAGAAGAGGCUGAUACGUUCACGGAUGAGGAGCUCAAGAAACUCUUCUCUAUGGACGUGCUGACCCAUUGUAAUACGCAUGACUUAAUGGAGUGCAAGUGUGAACACAAUGGAGGUGAUCUGGGAGAGGUGGUUGAGGAAGUGCAAGUGACCAAGGCCACAGCUUCAGAUUCGUUCACUACGGCUCGUGAACUGGAGAAGAACCAAGACAAACAACAGAGGAGUCUCAAGAGUUUGCUGGAAUACAAGCAUAUCAGUCCAGAUGUUGUUCGUGAGCAAUGGGACAGUCUGUCUGAGAUUGGAGAUGUGUUGCUGGAGAAGAUUGUGGGAGAGAAGAAUGAUUUGGUUAGUUAUAUUCUGACCAAGACUUCAGUUCAAGCGUUAGACGAGGUUGAUACGGUGGACGUUGUGGAGGAAUGA